AUGCAUCCCCAGCUGGUCGCAGCGCUCGCGAAGAGCGAUCCCGAAGUCGCUUUUCGCGCGCGACCGAAUCAUAUCCACUCCACCUGGGCCAAGACCUUCUCGUCCCUGCCCGAGCUGUACAUCCAGCCAGAAUCUCUCGAGGAAGUCGAAAAGGUCAUAGACCUGGCGCGGACAUGUCGUCGUCGCAUCGUUCUGACGGGAUGCGGCCACUCGCCCUCCAACAUCACCUGCACCUCGAGCUGGCUCGUGAACCUCGACAAUUUCAACAAGGUUCUCUCUGUCAAUGAGGAGACGGGUGUCGUCGUUAUGCAGAGCGGCAUCAGGCUGUACUCGUUGUGCGCGCACUUGCAGAAGCAUGGCCUCGCCAUGCCCAACUUGGGCAGCAUCAACGAGCAGUCCAUUGCAGGGGCCAUCUCCACCGGCACCCACGGCAGCAGCGUCGAGCAUGGCCUCAUGUCGGAGGACAUUCUCGCCCUGCGCAUCACGCUCGCCAACGGCAACACCGAGUCCUGUUCGAAGGACGACAAUCCGUCACUCUUCCGCGCUGCGCUCCUCUCGCUCGGCGCCCUCGGCAUCAUCACCGAAAUCACCUUCCGUGCCGUGCCCGCCUUUACGCUCGGAUGGCAGCAGGUCAUCGACACGGAUCGCAGCAUGUUCGAUCGCUGGACCGCAGACCUCUGGACGCGCUCCGAGUUUGUCCGCGUUUGGUGGUUCCCCUACACGCGGCGCGCCGUUGUCUGGGAAGCCAACAAGACGGACGAGCCGGUGCGCCCGCCCCCCGUGCGCAACUACGACGGCGCCCUCGGCUAUUACAUCUACCACAACCUCCUGUAUCUCGCGCACCACGUCCCACGCGUCCUGCCGUGGGUCGAGUGGUUCGUCUUUGGCAUGCAAUACGGCUUCGCCAACGGCUCCACCACGACUGCCGUCCAGCCCUCCGGCGAGGCCCUCCUUAUGAACUGCCUCUACUCACAGUUCGUCAACGAGUGGGCCAUCCCCCUGCACAAGGGACCCGAAGCCCUCCGCCGCCUCUCCUCGUGGCUCAACCACCUCGACCCCGCCGACCCAGACUACGUCCCCCACAACAUCCCCUUCUCCGCCGACGGCCUCUACGUCCACGCCCCCGUCGAGGUCCGCGUCAGCGACACCUCCCUCACCGAGAACGCCCGCCCCUACCUCGACCCCACCCGCCCCGACGGCCCGACCCUCUACCUCAACGCGACCCUCUACCGACCCUACCUCACCGACCCGCCGUGCCGCGCCCGCUACUACGAGGCCUUCGAGUGGCUCAUGCUCGACCUCGGCGGCCGCCCGCACUGGGCCAAGAACUUUGACGAGGGCGCCGCGCGCAUCGCCGCGCUCUACGGCGAGGACCUCGACCAGUGGCGCGCCGUGCGCGACGGCGCCGACCCCGAGGGCAUGUUUGUCGGGCCCUGGCACAGGGAGAAGGUCCUGGGCGGCGGCGACAGGCUGGCGCUCGAGGAGGUCGAGGUUGCGCGGACGGCGGCGAGGGAUGGCGGCGUGCGGGUCGAGGGUAGCGUCUAG